UUAUAAUAGUCGUUUCGUUAUCCGUUAUCUCGGUCGUGUUCCAUCGGCGGCCAGUGGGAGAGAGAGAGAGAACCAAAUCAUUAAGAUUUCAUUUAGAGAGAAACUCUUCCUUCCAUCCUUCCUCUACUCCAAUCUCAAAUCCGUCUCUUCGAUUCCGCUCUAAGCGAUUCAUAAGAAGACGAAGAGAGGAAGGAGAGGAGAUCUUCGGGUCUGGAGGAGGAAGAUGACGUCACCAAUCACCAUCGGAAAACAAGCUUCGGCCGCUUCCGGCAAAGAAGAAGGCGAGCUCUCCACCUCCGAUGACGAUGUACAACCUGUUAUGCAAACAAGCACGAGAGCUCCUCUCACUGAGCAUGUCUCACUUCCUUCGGCUAACACUAAUAAUAUCCAAAGGCCUCGUCAAACUGGAAAUGCUGUAUCUUCUUUGAUUAAACCUGCUGUAGCAGCUACUGCACCGUCGAAGGCGACUCACCCUGGAGGCCGGAUUGUUAAGAAGCCAGCGGUGUCUACUGCUCCUUUACAAGGGAAGAAACUUCCUUUAAGAGGCGAUGAUGACAACAACCUUGUGAUUGAUUUCUCUGAUGACGAUAGUGGUAGUGAAUCUGAUAGCAAAAGAAGGAAGCAGGCACCGAGGAUUCAACCAAAAGGAACCGUGGCUGGGAACAGAAACCCGUCUACUUUAUCACAAACAAAACUGAAAGGACCAACAAGACAGAUUGAUAACAGAGUAGUAACAAAGAAGGCACCCUCCGCUAGCACCUUUAGUCACGCUGCGACUUCUAAAGUUUCCAACCUUGCGCUUCCCAAGGUAAUUAGGAAAAAUAGUCAUACCUUUGAGAGGCAGGUUAGCAAAGAUAAUACACAGCGUCCUGAACAGAUUGUGGAUCCCAAUAGCAACAAACUUCAGGAACUUGAGCUGAGGCAGCAGAUUGCGCAACGGGAACUUGAGAUGAAGCUUAAGGCAGUACAGACAAAGAAGGAUGCUGUUAACCCAAAAGCCAGUCAAACAAGGAGUCUUGUUAUGGUUUCUGGUAAUGGUAAACAGCUCGAACCAAACGAACCUGCAAAGAAACGCUUAAAAGUUAGUGGGAAUGACACAAGUCAGCCUGUUAUUGAUAACAGAGUACCGGCAUCUACUGCUGCACCAAUGAAAGCGCCUGGCAUCGGUAAAAGUCUACUUUCAGGUAUCAAUGCAAAUGCUAGUUGCAAACACAUUGGUAGUAACAGUGGUGAGACUGCUCCCCCGGUCAUUUCUCAGCAUAUUGUACAAGGCAACACAAGCUCAAGUGUCUUACAUAAAAGUGGAAGCAAAGCAAAUCAUUCCGAAGGUGUAAGAUGUGGCCAGUCAGAUCCUCCUGUUCAGUUAACUUCAAGAGAACUGGAAACAGUGAAAAAUGUUGAUAGCAACUUGUCGAGUGACCAGUUGCCCAAAAUAGUCAAUGGAAACCAUCAGCCUUCUCUGGACAAUUCUGGCUACUGGAACAUCCCGGGAAAUACAAGUGCUCCUGUACAUAGUGAUCUGGAUAUGCAAUAUUUGACAAACCUAGAGGAAUCUCUUGACAGAGACCUGGAGGAAGCACAGGAGCGUAAACGCCUUUGUGAAAUUGAAGAAAGAAAUGCUCUCAAAGUUUAUAGAAAGGCACAGAGAUCUUUGAUUGAGGCAAAUGCUAAAUGUGCAGAACUUUACAGUAAGAGAGAAACUUUAUCUGCUCACUAUGGAUCUCUCAUUAUCCGUGACACCAGAUUAUUGUGGCCUUCUAUACAUCAUGAGCACCCUGAAACUGGGUUUCGGUUCGUGAGUAACAGUGCUGAAAACAUUGAUCUGGCAACCAAAACAGACAUCCCUCAGCAUACUCACCUAGAAACCAACCACAUAUAUAAUAACGACUAUGGUGGCGUUCAAUCUCUACAUCGUCCCCAUAGUGGACAGAAUCUGGGUUCUGAGCCGUGCAGUGAUCUUGAUGCUAGCACCUCCGAUAGAUUGCCUUACAGUGACAAGCAAACUGCAAGUAGACUAUGCUCCCCGUCUAGUGAUGCUCACAUUUUGGCAGAUGAUGAGUCAGUUCCAGUGGACCAUGAAUCUACCGAAGGGAACAUUGGGCAUCAAGCAGAAAAUCUUGAGCAAGCACUAGGCAAUCAGAGUUCCUUGCUUAUUGAAGCAUCAUUAAGAUCUAAAUUAUUCGAGCGUCUGGGUAUGCGGGAAGAAUCUAGAGGUGGCACAUGUGCCAAUGGAGAGACUGUGGUAGAUAGAGGGGAUGAAAAUGAUGUUGCAAGUGAACGAACCAAGAGAGAUGGAAGUAGUCCUGUCUCCGAAAAAAAUCAGCAUAGUGAUUCUAAAGAGCCAGAAGCCAAUAAACUGCAAGGAAGUCCCUCGGAAGCACCAGUUGAACCCAGCACAAUCAAAGAAAAUUUUGGAUCAUCUGUAGAUAUGGAGUCCCAUGAAACUUCACCAGAGGACGACCUUUUGUUGUCAGUAGCUUCAGCAGGCCCUUUAUUUCGGAGCACUAUUAAUCAUCUAAAGGUCCCUGGGUCUUCCAUUACGUCUCUGGGAACAGAAUCUACACUUGAAAACAAGUCAUAUAGCCUAUACAGUGAUGUUAGACAACGUAGCAGCUUGACUAGAACUCCAGUAUAUGAUAGAAAAAUUGACCUUUACACCCCUAAUUUGAAGAUGGACCCUUUCCGGCCUCUCUGCAUGUACGAGUUACGUGGAAGAUGCAAUAAUGAUGAAUGCUCUUGGCAACAUUUCAAGGAUUUCGCUGAUGACAGUUUGCAUCCAAGUCAAAACGAUCCUGCGGAUUGUAAUGUUGCGUCAAGUUUACAUGAGAAGCAACACUAUUCUUCCAGAGGAUCCCAGAUUUUUGACGUGGUGCAUUCACCAACUUAUCUUGUCUCCUUGGAUACGAUGAAGGUUGAUUCGUGGUCUUACGAGUCCCUUCUGGCUCAAAGACAUGGGCAAAUAUGGGGGAAGCACUUUAGUGUCUGCCUUGCUUCAUCGAACUUGCUUUACAAGAACAUACCUGCAAGGGAAAACGAAGGUCGAAUUGAGGUCCUAGGAAAUCCAAGAACACACUCGUCAUACCUUAGGAUCAAACAUAGCUUAAUGAAUCUUCUCAAUCAAGGUUCAGAUGCUGCUGUUGAAUCCGUGGAAAUGGCUCUUACUAUUUUCUGUCGGGAAAUUGACCACUCAGAAGGCUUGAUCCAGGCCCUUUCUGUUCUUUCACGAGGCCUUGAAGGUGAUCCUGCUUCUGAGAUUCUUUGGAUUGUGUAUCUCCUGAUUUACUAUUCACAUGAAAGAUCAGAUGAGAAAGAUAUGUUGUCUCUUGGGGUCAAUAUGUGUAGCGGAUCGUACGCAAUAUGGCUUAUGUACAUCAACAGUCGAGGACAACUAAACGAUCAACUAAGUGCAUAUGAUGCUGCCCUCUCGGCGCUCUGCAACCAUGCACCUGGGUCUAUCGACAGGGAUCAUGCCAGCGCUUGCAUAUUAGAUCUUUCUUUGCAGAUGUUCAACCUUAUGUGCAUUUCUGGGAACGUUUCAAAGGCAAUCCAGAGAAUAUCCAAGCUUCAGGCUCCAGCAACAGUUUCGGAGGACCCUGACUUUUCAAUGAUGUCUCAAAUUCUGACAUGCUUAACAUUUUCUGAUAAAUGUGUGUUCUGGAUUUGUUGUGUGUACUUAGUUGUUUACAGGAAACUGCCUGAUUCGGUUGUCCGACGAUUUGAGAUGGAGAAGGAACUACUAGAAAUAGAAUGGCCUUCAGUUGAUUUGGUAGGUGAUCUGAAGCAGACGGCUCUCAGACUAUUUGAUAAAGGGAUGCACUCAGACGAACUUUGCACUAGUGAUGGAAAACAAGAGCGCAGUGCUGGGCUAUUCGCUCUGAACCACGCACUGUUUAUGAUUGCAGUUGAUGAGUUGGAAAAAUGUAGGGACAUUGUGAAGGCAGCAGUUGAGCUCCACCCAGCUUGCUUAGAGCUGAAACUGUUAGCAGCUAGGAUGAAACGAAACGAGUCAAAGGAAACGUUGUCGUCUGGGUUUGAAGAGCUUCUGAAGCAUGAACCAAAAGAAGCUUCAGGCAUACAGUGGAUCUGGAAUCAGUACGCUGAAUAUGCUUUGCAAGGAGGAAGCAACGACUCCGCAAGAGAACUCAUGUCCCGUUGGUAUACCUCUGUGUGGGAUGCAUCGUCCUGUAAGAAAAAGACAGGACUGACUAAUGAAGAAACAGAGGAAGAAGGUGAGAGUGUUGCAUCGGAUCAGGUGGAUGUGAUGUUUGGAUAUCUCAAUCUCUCUCUCCAUAAUCUACUGCAAAGUAACUGGACCGGUGCUUGCUCGGCCAUUGACCAAGCACUUAAAGCUACAGCUCCUGCUCAUUUUAUGCACUGUCUGAGAGAACAUGCUGUGUUUCAGCUGAUCAAUUCGUUGCAAGCAACUGGUGGAUUUCCAAUCAACCUACAAUUGAGAUUACUCAACUCUUACCUGGAUCAAGCAAGUUCUUUACCUGUUAAAGAGCCACUAUCGUGGAAAUUCAUCAGCAACAGCGCCGAGAAACCAAGAGCAAGGAAGCUAGUAAGUAACCUUCUGGCGCCAGUUUCAUCUGAAGUCUUAGUGGUAAACACGGUUCUUGAAGCAUGGCACGGACCAUCUCUUGUCCCGGAGAAGCUGAGUAAACAAAAGGAACUUGUGGAUUUCGUGGAAACAAUCCUAGGUUUGGUCCCAUGCAACUACCCGCUGGCUUUGUCUGUAAGUAAGCUGUUGAGGAAAGAAGAGGACUCUGGUUCCUCGAGUAUACAUUUCUGGGCAGGUUUGAAUCUGGUGAGUGCAAUUUCUUGUGCAAUGCCAGUAGCUCCCGAGUAUAUAUGGGUGGAGGCUGGAGAGAGUUUGAGCAAUGUCAAUGGUUUUAAGACCAGAGCAGAGAGGUUCUUGAGUAAAGCUGUGUCUGUAUAUCCAAUGUCUGUGAAGCUAUGGAGAUGUUAUGGGAGUGUAGCUAGAAGUAUAGAAGAGAAAAGAGGCGUUAAGAUUGAAGAAGAAGCUAGAAAGAAAGGAAUCACUCUUGUGGAUUGAUAUUUGAAAAGGAGACUCGUUUUUUUCCCUUUACAUAGCUAGAACACACUAAAGGGAACAUAGUAACGAAGAAAAUGGGAAUACAGUUUUAGAAAAGGGGUAAGUGAAUACUGAUUGUUAUACUUUUGGUCAGUUUCUAGCAUAAGCUUUUUUUUUUGUUAUACAACUGUAAUUGACCAUGCUAUUGCAUCUUGGUACUUAAUGUAUCACUUUGGAUGAAGGUUUUAUCAUGA